UCGUCCAAAAUGGAGCCUUCGUCCAAAGUGGAGCCUUCGCCCAAAAUGGAGCCUAUGGACCCCACAGACUCCACGACACCUGAUAGUCAAAAGUCGCUAUCGAAUAAUUCAGAGCAGGUAUUCGUAAAGGACCGAUCAUGCACCGAUUUUUUUGUUAUAAUUAUCCUAUUCAUGCUGGUGGGUGGUUUUGUCUUCAUGAUGACGAAUGUGAUGAAAAAGGGUGACAUAUACCGCGUGAUAAAUGGAUACGACGAUUAUGGAAAUGUUUGUGGUCGUGUAACUCCAGACGAUCCGGAACAUGAGGGUAAGGGUGCUGAUUACACCCACAAACCGUAUCUCAAGAUGGAUUUGAAUGUAACUGUAUUCACGUACGAGAAAGAAGAAAAUAAUUUCAAUAUGACUCGAUUAUCGGUGCACUUUCAGAACGCAGUUACUGAUGUGAUAAUCGUAUGGCGUGAAUUGAUUUUCCUUUUGCUUAUAGCUUUAACACUUUCCGUCGGUAUCCUGGUAGCCUUCCGCUAUAUGAUACAAUAUAUCAUUUAUGUCAUAUUGAUCGGCACAGUUUUGACUUGCAACGGUGGCACAACGUACCUCUGGCUAGCGUGGUACCAGGAAAAAGAGAGCGUGGAAAGAUGCGAGAUCUAUGAGGAGUAUUCCAGCGUGGAACCCUACUUUAUCUACGCUACUAUCAUGUCUGCUGUUUCUGUGAUUGUUUUUCCAGUGGUUCUAGUGAUGAGAAAAAGAAUCAAACUAGUCAUACAGCUUUUCCGAGAGGCGAGUAAAGCUGUGUAUUCAAUGCCGGCGUUGCUAUUUCAGCCUAUUUACACCUAUUUGCUGAUUGGAUCUACGGCAAUAGCAUGGUUAUACUGUAGGCUAUGGAUAAGCAGCGCCGAAAACGACGGUGGUAACAUUGAGUUGAUUUGGGAAAAUGAAAUCGAGAUAGUUAAUUCCAAGGAAGAUGCAUUUUUUAUUGUAUGGGAAUGGUACAAUCAAUGUUUAUUCAUCGUGGUGUGUUCAUUCUAUUUGGGUUGCCAACAUAUGAUCGUUGCUUGUGCUGUUGCCCAAUGGUUCUUUACAAGGGAUAAAAGACGUCUCUCUUCACCAGUAGCAAAAAGCUUCGGAUAUGUUAUAAGAUAUCACUUGGGUACCGUGGCUUUCGGAGCUUUAAUAUAUUUUAUCACCGAAAUUUUACAAUUUUAUAGAUUAAUAUUAGGUAUAAUUAAAGUUAUCACAGCCAUGAUAGCUUUCAUCCAAAAGUUUCUGAAAGGGUAUGACAACUCAUGCGUGAAAAGAAUCUUAUGCUGUUGUCAAUGUUGUCUUUGGUGUCCUGAUCGCGCUGUAAAACUUGCUAAUAAAAAUAUUUAUGUCGAAACAGCCAUAUACGGAUGCAACUUUAACACCGCUGGAAAAAAGAAGUUGCAGGUAACCAACAAUUUGCGAGAAGCGGCGAUUGACAGCGUUGGCGUUUUCGUCCUUUUUUUGGGUAAAAUCCUCGUUGUCAUUCUUACGGUCGUUUCGGGGGUAUACUUGAUACAGAAAAAGAAGGGGCUUAAUCAACCUUGGAUACCAAUCAUUCUCGCGGGGAUAUUCGCAUUCCUGGUUUCGCAUUGUUUUAUAUCAAUCUAUGAAGUUAUUAUUGACACAAUAUUUAUUUGCUUCUGCGAGGAUUGCGAGAAGAAUGACGGCAUCAACCGACCUUAUUUUAUGAGCCGUGGUUUGAUGGAAUUCGUGAAGAACAGAAAAAAAUCUGUAAGACAUUUGGAACAAUGAGGUGCUGCAGCUACAUAACAAGCAUUAGACAUUAAGAAUAGAUUUUUUUUAAAUAUAUCAAUUUAAAAAAUUCGAUGAUC